AUGUCCCUCACGCGAGCGCGCGUCGCGUUCUCGACGCAUCGCGUCAUCGAUGACCACGCGUGCCGUCGUCGUGGACGCGUGCGCGCUCGAACGACGUCGGCGGCGCUCGGCAAACCGCGCGUUUUCGCUUCGAGCGCGACCGACCCGUACGUCUUGCUCGGCGUCUCUCGCACCGCGACCGCGAAGGAAAUCAAGAGCGCGUACAGAAAGAAAGCGCUCGAGCUGCACCCGGAUGUGAAUAAGGCGCCCGACGCGACGAAGCGGUUUAACGAGGUGAAGGAGGCGUACCAGACGCUCAUGGAUGGAAACGGGACGCGGACGCGCGAACGCGCGAGCGGAACGAGCGGACGAAGCGCGAGCGGACGCAGCGCGACGAACGGACGAUCGAACGGUGGGUACGAUGGACGACGAGUGAAACCGAAGGACGAGGAACCGUUCUACGGGUUCGCAGAGUUCUUCGCCGAUUUAGAGAAGGAUUUAGAGAGGCGAGAGGCGAAGCGUCCGCGAGACGCGGCGCCCAAAUCGUUAUGGGAAGAGCUGUACGACAUCGGCGAAGAAUUCGUCGAUUUUCUCGAGAGCGCCGCGCCCGCGGUGGAGAACGCGGCGCGUAAGGGAAAACCUCCCUCGGACCCACCCGAACCCGGACCCGGACCCAAGCGCGCGAGCGCCGAAUCGGUAAAGUCUCAAACCGUCGACGACAUGCUCGCCGAGCUCAAGCGCGACAUGGGUCUCGACAGAUGA